AAUAGUAAUUUUUGUAUUAAGUGCGCGAAAUGAGUGUUUUUUUAAUGGCGCCUGAGAAUGUUAUUUUAGUCGAGACCGCCAGGUCGAGACCUAAAAGACAUUCGAAGGCGCCAUUAAAACAUGAAUUUCGCCACGAAAUACAAACAACGUUUUUUCUACAGCCUCCAGAUGAAGAAAAAAGUAACAGAAAUUAGUUGGAACAAAAUGGUCUGAUAAAUCGAGUUGCUUGCAUGGUUACGAUGAUAAAUAAAAGUGAUAGUUGCGAAAAAUUUGUCACAAUAGGUAUUUUUGUUGAAGAAGUGUGAUGGAUUUUAGCAGCGAAAACGAAAUAGAUGCAAUUGCAAGCGCGGCAGUGUCGAAUCUUUUGCCUGCUAAAUCAAGACCGCAGUACGAAAAAACGUAUCUUCAGUUUCGGCAGUGGUGUUCUAUGAAAAAGAUUGAUCAAGUAACGGAAAAUGUUUUGUUGGCGUAUUUGGAAGAAAAGUCUACCACCUUAAAGCCACCAACACUCUGGGCCCUUUAUGCGAUGUUGAAAGCCACCUUAAACGUUAAAGAGAAUAUCGAUACACGUAAGUUUCCGAAGUUAGUGCCCUACCUGAAAAGCAAAAGCGUAGGUUACAGAAGCAAGAAGUCGCAAAUUUUAGACAAAGAAGACAUUAGCAAGUUUAUUAAUGAAGCAGAUGACAAGAUAUAUUUACUGAUGAAGACUGUGCUAAUUUUGGGUAUAUCGGGAGCCCUUCGACGUGAAGAAUUAGUUAAAAUGAAGCUAACUGACAUAGAAGAUAAACAGUCUGUCUUAAUUGUGAAGGUGCCUGAUACAAAAACCCACUGCGAACGAAUAUUUACUGUUUCAAAUUUAGAAAAUAUAGAAAUUGUCAGAAAAUAUAGAGCUUUGCGGCCUCCACGGGCGACUAGUGACCGUUUAUUUUUAAAGUAUACCAACGGAAAAUGUGUGAAUCAAAAUGUUGGAAUUAACAAAAUCGGAGAGAUACCAAGUUUGAUUGCAAAGUGGCUUAACAAAGACGAACCUAAAAAAUAUACUGGUCACUGCUUCAGAAGAAGCUCUGCCACUCUUUUGGCGAAUGCUGGAGGUGAUCUAAUUUCAAUUAAACGUCAUGGGGGCUGGAGAAGCAGCACAGUGGCAGAAAGUUACAUCGAGGACUCUUUGAAUAAUAAAAUUGAAAUUGCCAAUAAAAUUCAACCUUCUUCCUCCACAGAAGAAAACAAAAUCACUCAACCUUCUACAUCGGCUUCUUUUAAUGGCGAAAAUAACUUUCAUUUACAAGCGUCUUCACUCAGGCCUCUGGGGAUAAACGGGGGCACGUUUUCGUCAUGCACAUUUAAUUUUCAUAUGUCAAAGUAAAUAUCUAUUAUUAUUGUUUUGUAAUAUUGU